UUGGGUAUCAUUAAAUAGGAAACGUUUGUUCAAUUAACAACUCCCAGUGCUAGGCCCCAGACUAAAGGAUAAUUCUGAACUUGGAUUACAAUUCUGUGUGUGUGUCGAACCCAAACAACAUGAAAAAUUUCGCUUUGUGCCUGGUCGCCAUGGCGCUGAUGUGCCUGAUCGAGGCGGCUCCGCAGCGGGCGGAGGAGCCCAUUGCGAUCAUCAGCCAGGAGUCCAAUAUCGAACCGGAUGGCUCCUACAAUUAUGCCUAUGAGACGGCCAACGGAAUCAAGGCCGAAGAGACGGGCACCCUGAAGAAGGCCACCUCCCCGGACAGCAGUGACGUGAUAAUUGCCAGGGGCUCUGUCUCCUACACCUCCCCGGAGGGAAAUCUGAUCACACUGAACUACUCGGCCGAUGAUGAGAACGGCUUCCAGCCCCAGGGCGACCAUCUGCCCACACCCCCACCAAUCCCGCCAGCGAUCCAGAAGGCUCUCGACUAUCUGCUGAGUCUGCCGCCAGCCAAGCGCCGCUAAGGCUCUUGAUGAUGCCCGGAUGAUGCCCUCCAGUCCGACCCAUGCCAACACUCUGACCCUGACACUCUACGGUGGAUGUGAUGCUGCUCUGUUGCUGUUACUACAAUACGCUCGUACACCCCGUAAUCUGCUAUCCCUCCUCCAACUAUCUAGACAAUCACACAAGGGCUGAGACCUCCCCCGGAGGCUGUUAGUGGAUUUGACUGAGGAACACACAAACUCAAAAGGAAUUGAGGGACAUGACACGAAACACACACACACACACCCCCCAUACAUGGACUAUCCUUACUCCAUUUUGUCUGCUUUCUUGCUUGCUUUCUUCCACUUUCACUUUGACUUUGACUUUGACUUUGACACGAAUUUCUUCAGAUCUUUUAGUCGCCGGAACUUUGCCAUUUUCGGACUCAUGUGAUAUCGUCGAUUUAUCAAUGAAAUGAAACAAAAUGUAAA